UGCUGUACCCUCUUCACUGGCCAAUGUAGGUUCUGAGGCCGUCUGCAUGUUAUGCGAUAAUAUCUUAUUUUUCACCGAUUUAAAGACUCACAGUAUUUCCUAUUACAAAGCCGAAAGUCCCCAGUUGGGUUUGAGUAUUUCAGCAAUGACGGGUCAUAAUAAAUUUGCUUUGGUGGCAUUUUCGGAAGUGGUUUUAAGACCGGCGGUGCAUAUAAUUCAAUAUCCUGAUUUUGCCAAAUAUGCAGUUUUUAGUACCCAAAAAAUUAUCACUUUUGUGGACAUACGCUUCAAUGACUACGAUUUACUAUUGGCCCUCUCCGGUUACCCACACUACACUCUGUGCAUUUGGAAUUUUCGCACCGGCCAGCUGCUAGUGCAAUACGAUACUUUAAAAGAGUCCUUAUCGCACUCUCUGCUCUGUUCCUUUCACCACAUACCACAAAUUGUACAAUUUUCGAAAUGGAAUCGUGAAAUAUUAGUGUGGGAAUUGUGUUAUUCCUCCAGUGGGGUGGAUUUACAUGAAGUUUCGAAAAUAGAGCUAAGCAAAGAGUUUAGCUUGAGCAAUAUAGAUAGCAUGUGUUAUGGCGAGGAUAAUAAUUUAUAUGUGGUGGAUAAUUUGGCAAAUGUUUCAAUGGUGGAAGUGGCUCAGUUUUACUUAAAGCCUCAGUGGAGUGUAAGCGAUCCUAAGGAAAUUUGCUCUAGUUUUAAGUAUUUCCUGUUGGAGAGUUACAAACAAGGUUUGCUGGUGUAUAGUAAUGAAAUUGUUUAUUAUUUGCGCAAAAAACUUAACAAAUGGCAGUGUGAGUGGAAGCUUUUGAAGGUUUCAAUGCCUGAAUUGGGACUACGUAAAUGUUUGGCGAAUAACAAUGGUGAAAUUUAUGCCUCUGCUGCUAUAGGUAAUCUAUAUCAUUUGGAAGUUUUAAAUGAGGAAGUAAGAAUGAAACCGAUCAAUGUUGAUCAGGAGAAUAGCAUAGAUUUUGUAGUGCUUAAGGGGGUGAAGGAGGAAUGCUUGAUACAACUGACCACGAAAGGGAGUUUAAAGGCCUUACAAAUGUCUUGUUAUAAACAAUAUUCCAAAAUAGAAAUAGCAAAUGCUAAUACCUUAGUGGCUCAUAAUGUGGGACCAUUUGUGAUGGUGGGCUGUUCCACUGGAAAACUUUAUUUUAUUAACUAUUUAAAUAUAAGAGAACCUUUGGAAAUGGCCUGCAUAGAAACUUCACAAGGUUAUCCCUUGGGAUCUUUACAGCUUAUGGAUAAAUUGGCGGUUUAUCGCACUAUUUAUUAUGAUUUCUAUUUGGUUAAAGCAGACUUCUAUGACAGCAAGUUCUAUGAAAUUGGCCCCUUUGAACAUAUAACUGAGAAGGUGGGCAUUUGCCAAUAUUUUCUGGCUGAAAAUAAUGUUAUUUUCAUGUUUAUCAAUCGUGACUCCAGCUCUUUAUUGCCUCAUUGCAAUAUUAUGAGCUGUUAUCAGUGGCUGGCCGAUUGUAAAAAUAUAAAACUUUUGGAGUAUCAGUUGCCCUAUACCUAUCGAGAUGUGGGCGAGGUAAUUGGGCUCUUGAAAAAUAUUGUGGAAUUCUUUGCUGUACGUUUGGAAUCGAAUAUUGUGGAUUAUUUGCAAUUCAAAAUGGAUACCAAUGAGUUGGUUAUUGUUUAUUCUUUGCAGACAAAUCAUUUGUCUAGCAUUAAUGGGAUAGUGGGCUCCAGGAAUCUAUUAACCUGGGGUGUUGAUGGCACUUAUAUUCACUAUCGUUCGCAUAAGAAGUCGGCGAAAUUAUAUGCUAUUUGUCAAAUACUGCAGAUUAAAUAUAGACCGAGAGUGGUAAAAAAGGUGGUGGAUUGUUUUAAUGCCAAAUACCUGGUCUACAUGUACUCUUUGGGCGGCCUAAAGGUAAUGCGUGUUGCCUCCAACGCUUUAACCACCCUUGAAAAUCAGUUCAUCAAUGAUACUCCCCUGGUCAUAGAACCUCAACUCUCUACAACCCUAGCAAUAAAUCAAAUAACCAAUGAAGUUAUAAUAGAACAUGCACCAGAAGAAGUUCUAGCUAGAGCUAAGCUUUUGCAAAAUAUCCAAAAUAUUGGCAAGGAGAUAACUGCCCUCAUCGACUAUGAUAUGGCGGUGACGGGCAAGUCCCAGGGCAUUUUUAAGAAGUUCUGUUUAAAUCACAAAUGGCUGGUGAAACUGCUAAAAGAAGCUGAAAAACUUUGUGAAGCUGAACGCUCUAGUUUGGAGGCUGCCAUCCAGGAUCAAUGUAGAAUAAGAGAUUGGUUUUAUUUCAUUAUUAUGUCGACAAAUAGUGGCAUUAGUUUUAAGAUUCGAGCCAUAUUCUCCAACUUUUCUUUGGAAAAUUAUGGUCUGCGCCAAAGAAAUGAUAAAUUUUCCCAGCUAUUUGAAUUGUAUAGGUUUUAUGAUUUGGAUACGAUGGAGGUGGAGGACUCGGAAGAGGGAAAUGAAACUAGGGAAUCCAAAGAAGUCGAUGAACUGAAGGAAACAACCUCUAAAAAGCAAUUAAAUUAUUUUGAGGUUCAGGGCUCAACCUAUGAUCAUAUAAUGAGUGAGGUAAUGGCCAUGCAGGAAUUAAACUAUGUAACCGGCAAUCAAAUGUAUAAUCAAGAUGCCAAAAUUCGGGUGCUACUUACCGAUCGCUUGAAAUAUGAUUUCAAUAAGAAAUUUGAGGAUAUACGGCAGAUAAAAAGCCAGCUAAUGGAAGCCAUAUUGGCCACCAAUAGCUCAUUAAUAGAAAUUUAUGAAAACAUGAAUUGCAUGCUUAAACUUUUGGAGCAAGAACAAUUCAAACCUCCCUUGUUAAGCAAGCCCGAAUGGCAAAAGGAUGAAUUUGUUAAAAGCAUUUUGGAAGUAGAUGACUCCGAAAUAAAAGCCAUCAAUCGUCGUAAAAAGAAAGCUGAAAUACAGGCAGCCAAACGAGGACGUUUGCUAUUAUGGGCAGUGGAUUUCUGGGUGCAAUCCUUAGUCACCAUGAUGGAUGGUGUUUUGGAAAAGUUGUGGCAAGAGGAAAUCAAGAAAAACAUAACAAUGCCGGAAUUUUUAACUAAAAAAGAUCCCACCGAAUUUAAUCUAGAAGAUCAAAAAGCUUUAAAAGAAUAUGAAGAGAAAUGCCGGGUUCUAAAACAAGAUCGCAAGAAAUAUUUAAAAAUUCUCACCGACAAUGAGCACAAGAUCAAUGAUCUGAAAACCAAUUAUAUACUUAAAUUAAAUGAAAAUGUUAGUGAAAUGAUGAUGUUGAAACUGAAAUAUGAUUUUGCCAUAAAACAUGUGCGCUUAAGGAAUUUAAAUACCAAAAUCAUGUAUUUCAAAAAGCUGCAAUGGCUUAACAGGAUCAAUAUGUUAAGAAAGGACAUUGAUUUAAUAGCGGAAUAUAUACAAAAAUAUAACAAACUCUCGGAGUUUUGGGCCAAAUCUGUGGAGGAUUUACGCCUGAAAGUUGAUACUCUAAUGCUUAAAGAGAAAUCCAUAGAACGCCAGUUUAAGGCACAAUUUCUUAAUAGUAUACCCCAGCAUUUGGGUCCGGAAAUGACAAAAUUAUUUAAGAAACGUCCCAAAAGUCUGCCCAAACUUUUAAACUCCACUCUUAUAUGCAAAGAGCUGGCAUUGCGUGUUAAUACUAAAACCCAACCCAAGUUUCCCUUUUCUUUGCCCAAAGAUGUCUAUGAAUAUUUAGAGGGUUUAAAUACUUUGGAUGAGAAUGGCAAUAUUCCAGUUUCCUUGGAAACCAAACAUUGGGAACAAUUUGUUAAAUUGCGACGCCAAAAAGUGGAAAUGGAAUUGAAAAUAAGAGCUGUCAAUUUACAAUUGGCAGAUGGCUGUGCGGGCAUGAAUUCAUACAGCAGGGAGUUGGCCAAUUUGAAGAGUGUCAAAGUGGAAGCAGCUAGAAGAAUGCAUGAGGCUCAAGAGGAGUAUCUUAAAUUGGUACAAAAUCAAACUCUGGAAUUGCGGUUAACCAUGGGCCAGGUGGAAUUAAACAUCAUGGGCUCCUUAAAGAACUUAAAGAAUUGUGUUCUAAUGCAUGAAGAUGAUGUCAGUGGUAUAAACACCUUAAUUCUGAAAGCCGGCCAAAUGAAACUAAAGGCCAUGCAACGGGUAGCCUUCUUUCGCCGCCAGGUCAUCUACAAAGAAUGGGAGCAUAAAGUGGUCAGCGUUAAUAUAGAAUAUUUGAAAAAUAUGCUGUAUGUGAUAGGAAAAUGUAAGGUAUCCAUAGAGUUUUUAAAUAUUUUAAGAAAUUGGAAGAAAGUUAAAGCAGAUAAGCUGAAAAUACUUAAUAGCCUGGGUCUGCUGGAGAAGGUGGCCGAAGAGAAACUAACCGGCUUUAGAAGGCAGAUAAUAAGAAUAACGGAAAAGAUCUCAGCAGUGCGCCAGCAAAUCGAUGAAAUGAAACAGUGUAAUAAGCGAAUUAAUAGACAAAUUGAUGAUCUCAAGGUGGCGGUAUCAUUUGCUCAUACAAAUCGAGACUUUAUGAUAGAGGACAAGAAGCGUAGAGAACAAAAUGAAAAAAUGGAGAAAAUCAAACGUCAUAGUAAUCUAAUAGAGACCGUACGUCGCGAUUAUGUUCAUAUAAUGGAAUUAAAAACUAUAUUGGAAUUGCAGCGUUUGCGUACUUAUCCAACACUGGGCCCUAAUCCAAGUCACUGUUUGGCUUAAAACAAUUACACC